AUGAUCCUACAUGAGAUCUUCCCUGGCAUCUUCAUUGGAGAUCAAGAGGCGGCUGAUGCCUGUUUGAAGAGGUCCCGUCUCCGCAGUAAACGGGGCAUCACGGCAAUACUAAGAUGCAACGCUGUAGUUGAAGGGGAAACCUUGGCAGAGGCUCCUGAGGGGAUCGCUUUCGAAUAUGUGCCGCUAUGGGAUGAUGGUAAGGACGACAUCCUCCCACAUGUCGAUAAGGCUGUGGGGUUCAUGAAGUAUUGUCUCGACCACCAUGGCAAAGUGCUGGUCCAUUGCCAGGCUGGCAGAUGCCGUAGUGCGGCUGUGAUUUGCGCGUAUCUGAUGAAGGCAUGGGGUCUCGACUUUGACCUGGUCGAAGGGAUGGUCCAUGAGAAGGAGGAGGACAUUGAGGUAUCAGAGAAUUUCAGGCAGCAGCUGAGGCAGUGGGGAAGCACGUACAAGUUUGACAUGAGUCUCGACACAGAGGAGCACCAGCAGUAUUGGGCAGGCAGAAGAUUGGCUGAUUCAACUGCCGAGGGGGCUGUGAGUGAAGAGCCGAAGCAGGAGGGGUUCGACUGGCGGGGGGCUCUCUUCGAGUUGUAUAGGGAUGAGGUAGGGGAGGAGAAGCCUGAGGAGAAGGUGAACUACCUCCUUAGUAAGGUGGUGAACGCUGAAGAGCCGCAUGUGCUUUACCUACGUAUCUGUCGAAAGUAUAGUCUUUCAUUCGAAAGCCGACCGCAAGCAGUGCGAGAGGCAAUCCUUGCUUUACGACCUGGGAGGGGGACGAGACGACGACUACGAUGUGGCCGGUGUUCACGAACACUGUGUGGUGAUAUGAACAUUGUCCAUGGUGGAAAGGAGUGCACCAGCUACUUCAUAGAAGUUAUGGAAUGGAUGGUAGACGUUAUUAAGUCGACCAACAGCGGAGCGGAGUUUGUCGGCACGCAGACGCUCCUGUGUACCUGUGGGGCCAAGCUGGGCAGUUGGAAUUGGUACGGACUGAAGUGCAGCUGCGGGAAGUUCACAGCGCCGGCGAUGCAGCUGCAUGCAUCAAGAGUGGACGACUUGCCGAUACGGCCCGGGGAGGUUGUGAGCUUACCUAAACCUUAUUAUCCUACAGAAUGA